AUGGAUUUCGAAAAGAUUGAGCUGGCUCCUACAGCAGACUUUCAUGUGCACCUGCGAGAUGGCGAGAUGAUGAGAAUGGUGGUUCCCACGAUCAGAUUAGGCGGGGUCGAUACCGUGUAUGUGAUGCCUAACCUCAUCCCGCCUGUCACUACUGUAGAAGCCGCAAAAUCGUAUCUUGCCCGAAUCCAGCCAUUAGCACCAGACGUCAAAUUUCUCAUGACUCUGUACAUGACCGAAUCCCUCACCCCGGAGAUCAUCGAUGACGCCGCUAGUGCAGGUAUUACCGGUGUGAAAGUCUAUCCAGCUGGAGUGACGACGAAUUCUCAGUCAGGAGUCGUAGACUAUGAGAGCUUUUUCCCAAUCUUCGAAGCUAUGCAGAGGAACGACAUGGUCCUGAACCUGCAUGGCGAAGCACCAAGCACACCUUCUGGAAACUUUAUCGCCAGCGAAAAGGCAGGUGAGAGCGCUGUGUCAGUUCUCAAUGCAGAGAAGUUAUUCCUUCCAACGCUUCACAAGAUUCACAAUGCUUUCCCGAAGCUUCGGAUAGUUCUAGAGCAUUGUACGACGCGCGAUGCUCUGGACGCUGUUCUAAAAUGCGGACCGAGUGUUGCAGCGACUAUCACAGCUCACCAUCUAUGGAUAUGUGUUGACGAUGUCUGCGGUGAUGCUUUCAACUUCUGUAAGCCUGUGGCCAAGACUAUGGAGGAUCGCGUGGCUCUCGUUCGCGCUGCAGUAGAAGGAGGAAACGGGAAAUUCUUCUUUGGAAGCGACUCGGCGCCACAUCCAGUGACAGCCAAAACAGGUGUCAAGAAGGCCGCAGCGGGAUGCUUUACCCAGAGCUGUGCCACGCAGCUUGUGAUUGGAGCCAUCGAAGAGGCCGUAGCCAAGGGAUGGAUCUCAAGAGAGGUAACAGCGGCGUCGCUUGAAGACUUCUUGAGCAAUCGCGGUAGAAAGUUCUAUAAGCUGCCAGAGCAUGCCCAUGGCCGCAAAAUUCAACUAGAGAGGAAAGGCGCAAAGGUCCCUGAUGUGCUGAAGAACGCUACUGGUGAUAUUGAAGUCAUCCCUUUCCGAAGGGGAGAAGACACCUGGAAACUGACGUGGAAAUGA